AUGUCCAUCUCGCACCCAACACCUCCUCUCCUCCUCACGAAGCGCCUCACGGCCUUUCUCAACGCGAACCGAACACCACAGCUUCCCACGCUGCUCCUCACAAGCCCCCAUGGCAAGCUCCUCGCCCACGCAAGUCCGCAUCCCGUCGCCGCCCUCCGAACACAUGCCACCGUCGCCGCCUCUCUCCUCGCGAUACACUCCACGUCUGCACCCGCCCUCGCCGCUUCCCUACCGGGCUCGCGCACGCCCGACCCUAUUGGCAGCUCUCCGCCGGAGGAGGAUGAUUUAGACGACGACACAGAUCGCUUAUCGCAAAGCCAACAGCUCGAUUCGCAUAAGUCUGGCAAGGGAAGGGGCAUCAAGCCUGCAACGGUCACCGUUCAGCUCACGAGUGGUACUGUCGUCAUUCGUAGACUGAAGUGUGGCCUUCUCUUCGUUUGUGUCGGGCCCGGCAAUCCAGAUGCUAUAGACCACGGCGCGCCCAAUGUGCAUGAUCUCCAAGUUCCUGUCGGCGAGUCUUCACAUAUUGGCAGCCCAGAUGGAGCAGACAGUAUCUUGAGCACCGGUGCACAGACAACAGCUAGUUUUGAGAGCACCACAGGCUCGGCCGCUGCGGUAGCUGCUCUUCGACGCCAUGCUGCUGAGCUGGCCCGUUGGCUUGAUGACAAGCUAGGCACUCUCACCGUUCCCGAGGAGGGUGUGGGUGUGGAGUGA